UUUACAGGUAGCAGGGUAAGGCGACUUUAAAAGGCUAUUUACAGCUUUUUAACUGAAGUUUAAAGCUGACGCUUUUGUGUAUUUGUCUUUUAGCUUACAAUAUAUUUGAUCUGAAUGAAGUGACUAACAUUAACACACCACUUCCCUCUAUUAACUAACUUAGUUGACGUAAAAUUCAGCUAGCUAACGUUUGUCUUUUUCUGUCUAUAUUCAAGCUAACAGUAGAGCAGAAUACCACGCUACUGAAUAGGGGUUAGUUCAUGUCACCAUGGACGAUACAUGCACCCCAUGUUGGGUGAAAUGUAACCAAUUGUUACGUUUCACAUGUAUCAUUCAGGAAGAGCAAUAAAGCAUUUAUGGUUAAAGUCCAUCUUGGAUUUUUUUUAAAGAGAUCUCAAGUCAACAAGCUAGUGAAGCACUGUUUUAGACCACAGUGUUCUUCCAACGUUGUGGCAGCAGUUUGGGGAAGUGGGAAAUGUUCCCAGUUAUUGAAGAACUUGAAGUUCCAUAUUGCACAAUAUAUGUGAUGCAAAACACCUGCAUCCAGGUACCAACAUCUUGUUAAAAGUGUUCUUUGAAGAAUGGAGAUUGUUAUUUUACUGCCGAUGUUAAUCAUUAAUGGGUAUUUCUAUGUCCACACAUGUUUGGCCAUGUAGUGUUUGCAUAAAAGUGCCAAUACCGAUGGAGAAUGAUGAGGAAAAGAAGAUGUGGGAAUCAGAGCCUGUGCUUCAGACACAGCAGCCGUGUCGCUUCUUCUCUCAAGGAAGACGCUGCAAUUUUGGGAAGAAAUGCAAAUUCCUACAUAUAAGAGAUGAUGCCAAAGCUCAUGAGAAGAAAACUACCCGGACACACAGCCAGUCAGAUGUACCAUCUCCAAACGCAGAGGUCCCUGGAGAAGAUGUGGGGCACGGGCCUCCUCCUAGUAACUCUAGGGAUACCCCGCAGCUAGCCCGCCCCUGUCGCUACUUUAUCUCAGGCCACUGCUCCAUGGAAGACCGGUGUCGCUACUGGCAUCCACCGGAGUUCCCCCCAGUGGAUCACCAGCCUGUUCCUGUCAAUUAUCCAAGACCUGCACAGAGGAUGCAAUCUGCCCCCCGCUCCGGCAUCCUCCAGGAGGUCAAGCUGUGUGACCUGACAGAGGAUGUCGCCAAGCAGCUACGAGACACAGAGAUCCAGCAGUUGAAGAAGCGCUUUCCCAAAGAUCAGCUGAUUAUUCAGGAACGCAGUGAUGGCAAAGUUACUUAUUACAGGGUAACUGUGGAGGCCAGUGAUCCAGACUGGCCCUUUGAUCUGAAAGAAGUCGACAUCAUGGUGAGCUUCCCAGACAGUUACCCCCAGGAGAUUUUCACAUUGGACAUACCGUUGGACCAAGAGCUUCCACCAGUAAUGGCAAAACAUGUACAGCAAGCGUCACUGGAGUGGCUUCAGGCCAAGCAUGCAACCAAUCAGCUUCUGGGAAAGGUCGAGCUGCUCUUCCGGCCUUUUCUUCGCUGGCUGGAUCGUAGCUUGGAGAGACUGUUCACUGAAGGGGCCCGGCAGUUAAAAAAAGAUGUCGAUUUAGAAAAAGCUGGAUUGCAAUUCAUAUCGUACCAGGAGCUCCAAGCAACAGUGUGUGAACAGUCUGGGAAUGAUCAUUCUUCUGACACCGCUGCUGCUGCAGAUGAGGAUGUCAGUGAUGAUGAAAAACUGGACAAGACAGAGGGCAAGAGGACGAUGGAGGGAGGGACGUUAGUGCAGCAGGAGGGUCCAGAUUGUGAUGAGGAGGAGGAGGAGGAUGAAGCCAAUCAUCUGGUGGAGAACAUUAAGAUCAGAGAUCCCCGCAGAGGCACAGAGAUGAAGCUGCUGGGCCUGAGGAUGGGAGAGAAUACAGCCACAGUAGUGGCCCAACAAAUCACCGUUUGUCUUCAAUGUAACAGGUGCAAGGUAACUGCAGAUCUGUCACUGACUGGGAGGAAUCCCUGCACCGCUCAAUGUGACAAGUGCAGUGCAAGCAUCACUGCAGCAUUCAGGCCCUGCAUGCUGCACCAUUACAACGACGUCCUGGGAUACCUGGACCUUCACAAUGCCGCACCUGCUGACCUUGUGCUUCAGGACUGUGAACUCAUUGUGGGCUGCCUUAGCUGCUCCCAGGAGAGCCCUGUGCAGAACCUUUCCUAUGGUCAAACAAAGGAGGUUAAUUGUGAACACUGCCACGGUAAACUCAGUAUUCUGGCUGAGAGCACAAGAUUCCAGUAUAUUCCGCCACGCGUCAACAAAACAGGUCCAGAUGCUUGUGCUGUUAAUUAUAAGAUGAUAAGAGAUCCUGCGGUGCAGAAAGGGAAAGCACUGCCAGAAAAAGGAGGAUGCAAACAUUACAAACAGAGCCAUCGCUGGCUAAGGUUCCCCUGCUGUGGACGGGCUUACCCCUGCGAUGUGUGCCAUGAUCUGGACCAGGACCACCCCAUGGAACUGGCCAACAGGAUGAUCUGUGGCUACUGUGCCAAAGAACAGCCAUUUAGCAAUGGAAAGCCUUGCGUCAGCUGCGGAAGCAUGAUGACGAGAGGCGCACGCUCCAGCCACUGGGAAGGAGGACUGGGAUGCAGAAACAAAGUCAAGAUGAGCAGAAAUGAUCGACAUAAAUAUGCCAACACCAACAAAACAAUUUCAAGGAAGGCCGUCGCCGAAAAGAAGUAGACGAAGGAGACCAUUAUUGCCCUAGUGUGUGAAUUGUGAAUUUGACAAUUGAUUUCAAUGAAAUUGUUGCAUAUUUUACAAUAUUAUGUUGUUAUGAUUUAUUUUUCCAUGUUGGCAUGAUUUAUUGUCAUGUUGUGAUUUAUUGUCAUGUUGUUGUGAUUUAUUGUCAUGUUGUUAUGAUUUAUUCUGUGUGAUUGUUAGAAAAUGACGCUCCAUUCUGUAAAAUUCUUCUGAUUUAGAAAACUUUUACAAAUAAUUUCUUUGUCCUCCUUCCAUGCAUUAAAUUAUUCGACCUUGUCCUGGUUAAAAAGCUGAA